UAUUGAAGCUCUAAUCGGCUUCCUGGAUGGAACACAUUAUCUGCCUGAUUGUAGAUCUCAACGUCGCAAUAUCUAGCGAAACCAAGGGGUUUCUCUCAUAAGCUUCUCAGUCCGCAAUUCAUCGUGCAUAAAAGAUCCAUUUGUUGAACGUGGCUACAGGGAGAACGAUUAUCAUCGUUUAUAAAGAAUGUGUUACAGUGAUGCAAGAAACGGAAUGACAUCAACAAAGUUUCCGGUAUUCAGAGAUAUCCAGAUAAUUCUGAAGGACUCCUGAAGCUGUGCACAUUCAAGAUUCAAACGAUGUCGCUGAGACAAAGAUUGUCUGGUAUCGUUGCGGCCUUGCGCGGAUCUUCCAUGCCGCCGGCCAAAGAAGGCCAUACGUCGACAACCGAGCAGAUUGAGAAGAUGUCGUCCGAGAGCGAGGUUGAAAGCAAAAAACGAGUAGAGGUCACACCCCUUGACAGAUUACAGGCGGUGGUUGAUUGGAUGGAUAAAAACAUGCUCCUCAUCUUAACUAUCGCCGCGGUUCUCAUCGGCUUGGGCCUUGGCUUUCUAGGUCGAUUACUCGAUCUAUCGCCCCAGUCAAUAAUGCUCAUCACCUUUCCUGGAGAGAUCCUUAUGCGUCUGUUGAAAAUGUUCAUAUUGCCACUCGUUACUUCGUCACUUAUUACGGCAAUGGCUCAGCUAGACGUGAGAAGUUCUGGGAGAAUUGGUUUUAGGACUCUCACGUAUUAUGCUGUCACGACCAUUCUCGCUGCCAUUGUUGGUAUCACGUUGGUUUUGACGAUUCAUCCUGGUGACCCGAAAAUCAAAAACAUUAUCAUCACUCCCUCGAUGGAAGAAACAAAAUUCUCAACGCUCGAUGCCUUACUGGAUAUCGUCAGAAACAUGAUACCAGAAAAUUUGGUGCAAGCCUGUUUCCAACAGGUUCAAACUUCGUACAUCAAGAAAAAAGUGAUAAUAAUUGGAAACAUGAAUCAAAGCGAUCAUGUUUUGGAACCGAUAUUGGUAUACAAGGAUGGCAUGAACGUUAUGGGUCUGAUCAUAUUUUGCAUAACUUUCGGUGUUAUUGCAGGACAGUUAGGAUCGAAAGGAAAACUUAUGGUAGAUUUUUUUAUCGUACUCAAUGAAAUCGUCAUGAAGUUCGUCGGUAUUAUUAUUAUAUGGUUUGCUCCGUUUGGAAUAAUGUGCUUAAUAGCAGGAAAAAUAAUGUCUAUCGUAAAUCUUGCUGCAACUGCACAAAUGUUAGGGUUGUUUAUGAUCACUGUUCUAUUGGGUUUAUCGAUACAUGGGAUAAUCACGUUACCAACGAUCUUUUGGCUAUUAACUCGCAAAAAUCCUGCUGUUUUCUUUAGAGGUAUGAUGCAGGCGUGGAUUACAGCUUUAGGAACUGCAUCGAGUGCUGUUACCUUGCCUAUUACUUUCAAAUGUGUCGAAGAAAACAAUAAGAUUGAUCCACGUAUCACACGGUUCGUUCUAUCGGUAGGGGCUACCGUAAAUAUGGACGGAACUGCACUUUAUGAAGCUGUAAGUGCAAUAUUCAUUGCACAGAUUAAUGCAUUACCGCUGGGUAUCGCUGAAGUUAUAACAGUCAGUUUGACGGCAACUUUAGCUAGCAUAGGAGCGGCAAGUAUACCCAGUGCCGCUUUGAUUAGCAUGUUGUUGAUAUCGACGACUCUUGGUUUACCUACUGACGAUAUUUCUUUACUUCUUGCCAUAGAUUGGAUAUUAGAUCGAAUUAGAACUUCUGUUAAUGUAUUAGGCGAUGGAUAUGGAGCGGGUAUAGUUUAUCAUCUAAGUAAAACAGAGCUCGAGAAAAUGGACGAAGAAAGAAGGUUGCAAGAACUUGAAACAGGUUCGUUGUUGAAAGAUACAUCUGACAAAUGUCAGGAUGAAAUCGUAUCGGACGAUCAACAAAUUUCCGAGACAAAAAUUUGAGAUAUAGGUUUUUCUUAUAAAGAUUUUUUUCAAAAUAUUUCUUUGUCUAUAUACUAAUUAUAGACGUUGUUGUAAAAUUUGUAAUGUACAUGAGUAACUGAUUUUAUUAUAUCUUUUAUCGCUAUAGUAAAGCAUUCUCUGCUUUCACUUGUAAUUUUAGUAUCUUCUAUUAUCGUUAUAAGUAGUAAAGAAAAAGUAUAAUGUUUUGUUUUAAGACAAAUGUUAUUAUAGAACAUUUUUAUUUUUAUUACAAUUUUAAAAUCGACUUCUUUUUCGAAUCACUCUAAGACUUAAUAUAAUCUUUGGACAUGAAUAAUUCUAUACAUAUAUCUUUUGAUCUCUGAGUUUAAGAAUUGGCUUAACAUAUAAAACAAUGGUCAUUUAUUGUAUGUGUACUACAGGGUAAAUAAAUAUUUGAUUACAUUGUACUGUAA